AUGUCCGGCCGCCACGCGCCGCACCUCCGGCUGGCCGUGCCGCCGCGGCUCUCCGCGCACCCCUCCUUCCGCUUCCCCUCCACGCCGCUCCCCACCCCGUCGAAAUCCCGCGGCCUCCCCUACUCCUCCUCCGCCGCCUCGCCGUCCUCCUCCCCCUACGCCGCCGCGCUCCUCCGCCUGCUCGUGCUGCACGCGCUCUUCCUCCUCGCGCCCUCCGUGCGCGCGCUCCCGUCCCUGGCCCACGCGCUCGCGCUAUCCUCGCCCCUCACGCUGCUCUCGGCCGCCGCGCUCCUCCUCCUCCACUUCGCCGCCUCGGCCCGGAAGACCCACCACCAGCCUCACCACCCGUUCCCGGGGAUCCCCGCUCUCCUCCGCCCGGCCCUCCUCCUCGCGCUCUCUAUCCUCCUCCGGCUCGUGGCCCUCCGCUUCCUCCCCUCCCCGGGCCUCCUCGUCCUCGCGGACUCCGCCGGCUCCCUGCUCGCCCGCGCCCUGCGCCGGCCCUCCCGCCGCCGAGUCCUCUCCGUCGCCGUCGCCGCCUUAUCCCUUGCCUGCAUCUCCCCUUCCGCUUCCGUCAUCCUCGCGAUCCCCUUCGCCUCUGGCUUCCUUUCCUCGGCCGAACAAUCGGCCGCGGCGCGGCAUGCCACACGCACUCGGCGCGCUCGCGCAGCGGCAUUUGCUCUCGCCGCUGCCUUUCUCUCCGUGCCGGCGCUUGUGGGUCUCUCCUUUUUCGGUGGCAGCGAUGCGGGCGACGCUCCUGACGCAGCAGUGCCGUUCGGCCCGCUCUGGUGGCUGCUGCUUAACUCUGCCUUCUUUGGCAUGGCUUUGGGGCGACGGCAGGAGCAUGGCAGCGGAGGCGGUAGGCCGAGUGUGGAUUUUGCAAUGACGUUCUUAUGCACUCUUGUUCUAGAGCUGCUGUACUACCCAAAGCUGUCUUUACCGGGCUUCUUGAUCUGUGGAUUCCUCUUGUGGACCGCCAGCAGGGAGCUGGCCCCUGCAGGAUAUGUGCAGCUUGGUACCGAAGAUGCCUCGGAGUCAGUUUUUGAGGCGGUCAUGGGGCCAGCUAGGCAUAUCUUGAGUGAGCGGAAGUCGAGGAAGAUUGCUGCGUUUCUAUUGAUCAAUACAGCCUACAUGUUUGUGGAAUUUGGCAGUGGGUUCAUGAGUGAUAGUCUUGGGCUGAUCUCUGAUGCUUGUCAUAUGUUGUUUGAUUGUGCUGCACUGGCAAUUGGUCUCUAUGCGUCCUACAUCGCGAGAUUGCCUGCAAAUGGCAUGUACAACUUCGGAAGGGGCAGGUUUGAGGUCCUGUCAGGGUAUGUCAAUGCAGUGUUCUUGGUUCUUGUUGGUGCGCUGAUUGUGUUGGAGUCAUUUGAGAGGAUUCUUGAGCCUCGGGAAAUAUCAACUAGUAGUCUUUUGGCAGUUUCAAUAGGUGGACUUGUCGUAAACAUAAUCGGAUUGGUGUUCUUUCAUGAGGAGCACCACCAUGCUCAUGGUGGUACCUGUUCUCACUCCCAUUCACAUUCUCAUUCACAUCAUGGCCAUGGACAUCACCAACACCAUGACUCUGAAGAUCACAAACAUCAUGAUCAUGAUCAUCACGGUGCUAAUAAUGUGAAGGCAUGUUGUGAUCAUCAUGGAGAUGACAGCCAUCGCCAUGAUCACCAUGGCAAUAGUAAUAGCGAGGGCAUUCAUAACAAUAUCAUGGAUAACACCUGCAAGGAGAAGCAUAGCCAUAGCCAUGGCCAUGAGCAUCAUCACCAUGAACAUUCGGACCAUUGCCAUGAGAGCAGAGAUCAUGCUCAUCAAAAUUGCAACAGUAUUAGUAUUGAGCAACAGCUUCUUGACAUUCCUCUUAGCAAUAUAUCUUCUCAUGACACAGAAGGUCACUCUUCAAAAGCAGGAUUGAGACCAUCAGAUUCUGGAAACAGUAAUAAGUCAGGACACCGGCAUCACAUUGAUCACAACAUGGAAGGAAUCUUCUUGCAUGUCCUAGCUGACACAAUGGGAAGCGUUGGUGUUGUAAUAUCAACCUUACUGAUCAAGUACAAGGGAUGGCUUAUAGCCGAUCCCAUAUGCUCAGUAUUCAUUUCAGUAAUGAUUGUAUCUUCUGUUCUUCCUUUGUUAAGGAAUUCUGCUGAAAUUCUGUUGCAGAGAGUCCCGAGGAGUCAUGAAAAGGAUUUGGCUGUAGCAUUGGAUGAUGUUAUGAAAAUUGAUGGUGUCCUUGGAGUCAACAAUGUUCAUGUAUGGAACUUAACUAAUACUGACAUUGUAGGCACUUUUCACCUACAUGUAUCAGCAGAAGCUGACAAGUCUUCCAUAAGAAAUAAAGCUUCACGGAUAUUUCAAGAAGCUGGGGUUCAAGAUCUGACUAUCGAGAUUGAGUGUGUUAAAAGGUAG